AUGUCAAGCUCCAUCUCACGUGCCGCGCUCACCGCCUGCGUCGCGUCGCUUCUUGUGGGCCAAGCGGUCGGACAAAAUGCUCCCUCGGGCGCCUCUGGAGCGACAACCACGACAGGAGCAGCUGGUUCGACAUGCAGUUGGCAACAAAAUUGCCCGACAACGGCGCCGUGCUGCUCAGAGUGAGUGGGGAAUGGCACUAACUGAAACUGACGGGCGAGGCGGAGUCCGAUGAGGGGUCGAGUGAGGCGCACAAGAUCGUCGAGUAACACGCAUCUCCUACCUGCUCGGCGCCUUUCACAGAUUUGGACACUGUAGUUCAGGGGUCGGGUGCUUGAACGGGUGCAACGUGAGUGAAUGGCCACCGGAAUCGGCUACCCCAAGUUGGCUCACGAAUGUGCCAGUGGUGUUGAUGGGAAUCUGGUGCGGUGCUUGAUUCUCACAGCCUCAAUGGAGCGCGGCGGGCUAUUGCGCCCCUAUCCCUGUCUGUCAAUCCACAAAUGUGAGUCAGUGCGACCCUGUGGAACGAGUAUGCUCAAUUUCGGAUCUACCGACAAUCUGUACCAGACCUGUCAACUCUCGUGGACGGCUCAGCUAAAGUCGGGUCUGAUCCUUCCGCCCUUCACAGUACACUUUCGCCGACACAUCGCGAAUUGCCUUGAACUCUUCCGCCUACACUGGUGAUGCGACAAAAUACGACUUCACACUAGAUAAGCAAGACGGCACCACCUCGCUCAUUCAGGACGGCGAGCUCGCCUUGACCCUGACCGAAGCUGGUGGCGGAACUCGACUCUCUACGACCCGCGCUGUGCUGUACGGCAACAUUCAAGCUUCGAUCAAGACCGUCGGUGCCCCCGGAGUCGUCACAGCUUUUAUCACCAUGAGUGGAUCCAAGGAUGAGAUCGAUUGGGAGUGGACAGGCACGGAUCGAAACGAGGCGCAGUCGAACUACUUUUGGGAAGGCGAACUGAACGAUUACAAGAAUGGAGGCACAGGUGCGGGUACUCGCUUCGCAUCUCCAUACGUUGAAUACGAGAACUGACCCAUAUUGUGUACGAGUGCAGCCGAGACGAGUAGCAACCGAGCGAACAACUACAUCGUCUAUGGGUUCAACUGGACCCCUGAUCAGCUUCAGUGGACCGUAGCGGGCAAGGUUGUUCGCACUUUGACGCGCUCUUCGACGUACGACUCUGCCUCGGGCCGAUACGAGUACCCACAGACGCCCAGUCGUAUCCAAAUGUCUGUCUGGCCCGCCGGUAUCGCUGCUUCUGCCCCCGGUACAGUCACGUGGGCCGGAGGUAUGAUUGAUUGGAGCAAAGCCCCUUUCCAAGCUCGCAUCCAGUGGAUCUCGCUUCAAUGCUACAGCGGCUCAAAUCUGAGCUACGUCGCUGGAAAUACGACCUCGUCUUCAAACUCGUCGAGCCGACUUGCCAAGCGCGAAAUCGGGGAAGAGUCGUCUCUGUGGAAGCGCGGUGGCCUGGUGGAACGAGCCGACUCGAUAAACUCCUACAUUUGGGGCGUCAACAACUCGGCUGGACAGAUUCAAGUUACCGCCUCGAGCGCCGCGACCAUCAUUAACUCGGUGUACUCGACUGGAAAGAACAGUGAGUUUUAGCCGCCGCGUAGACCUGCACUCCAUGACUGACAUUGAUGAGGUAUUUGUCAAAUCUCUGCCAGUGAUCGUCAAAGGCUCGGAUACAAAGGGUGUCACUCCGACCAACAAGUCUGGCAACGCGCUGUCCAAUUCGGCGCUCGGAAGCUGGUGGUCCAAGUCAGUCUUUAGUUGUCAUUGUCGGUGAUCCGGACCAUUUCGACUAACUCUCGUUCACAUGGUUGCCUGGCCAGGCUUCCUACCGCUGCUAAAGCCGGUAUCAUCGCGGGUAUCGUGCUGGUCACCCUCUUCUUGAUCGUCGCGCUGUGCACCUGCGUAGCCCGCCGCAAGGACUCCAGAAAGGCCAAGACCUACAAGCUCGUUGGCGAUGCCAUUUCUCUCAACAAGACCUCGGCUGCGCCCGUCAACUCGCGCACACAAGCCUCGACGGCCUCGCUCGCGUCGACGAUGACGAAGAACAACACCUCGGCUUAUGACCAAUCGAAUUAUGCGCACCCCCAAGCACAACGAUACGACCUUGCUCCUCCCGCCCCUGAGUGGCCAACGGCUCAGAACGAUUAUCAUCAACAGCAAGGGCACAGCUCGCCGAGCUACUAUUCGUACCCUCAGCAGACGGCGUCGCACGGGAACUACUACGAUGGGUCCCACACGUCUCAGGCUUCCCAGUGGCCUCAGAAACAACAACAGCAGCAACAUCAUCAGCCGCCGCAGCAGUACUACUCGACGGGCGCGAAGUACUGA